AUGCUACAAAAUCAACUUAAGGUGGGAGAUAGAGAAAGGGAGAAGGAUAAAUUCGCCUGUGUUAUUCUCCACUAUAACGAUGUGAACCUGGAAUCUCUUGGCACCAAGCCUGUAGCUGAUCGGGGGGACACGGAGGAUGGACACGUGUGGCUGAGCGUGGUGUUUGGAGGCGUGUCCAUGUUGGCGAAGGAGACUGGCAUCACAGUUCUUGUGGUGAACCUGCUCUACGACUUUUACAGAUCAUGGCACAGUAUUAAAAGGAGCCUGCUGGAGGUGCGGUGGAACGACGACACACAGCAAUUCGCCCGGCGAGCCGCCAAGAUACUCAUGUCGCUCAGCGUCCUCCUGGUGUUCAGGCUGGCCAUGCUGCAGGGGUCGCUGCCGCGCUUCUCCAACCAGGACAACCCGGCAGCCUUCCACCCCAGCCGCCUCGUCAGGUUCCUGACGUUCUGCUACCUGGCGGCGUUCAACUGCUGGCUGCUGCUGUGCCCCGCGACGCUCAGCCACGACUGGCAGAUGGGCUCCGUGCCGCUGGUGGCGUCGCUCGGGGACGCGCGGAACCUCGCCACCGCGCUCUUCUUCCUCUGCUGCCUCGUGGUGCUGUUCCGGUGCCUCAUGGACUUCGAGCCAACUCUUACUAUUGUUGAAAAUUUUUAUUGCAAAGCUAAUGUUGUAAGAAUUGAAAUUGUAGAACUUUUUUUAUUGUAA